AUGUCUCAUAUUAGUAUAUAUCAGCUCUUUUAUUUGUUAUUAUUAUCCACAGCUUUCGAAGCUAACAGUGAUCAUCUGCAACCAACUCUGGGCAUCAAAUGCUUACCCAAUCAGGUAGUGACAAAGUUGACAGUUUACGAGGAUGGAGCCAUUGAAGCGGAAUGCAACAAACUACCGUGUGGUGUAUCAGGCGUUCAUUGCAACGACAAUCAAACGAAUUGCCGAGCUGAAACUGACACACUUUCCGGUAUGAAAUGGGCUUCCAACGGACAAAGCAUUUUGCAACGCUGCUGUAUAAUUUCGGUACCACGUAAACUAUAUAUUGGUACAGACCUGGUAUCAGUUGGAUCAUAUUAUACUGGUGGCACGGUGGAUCUGAAGGAUCUUUAUAGUAGAGAAGGACCCGAAUUCGAUUUCGUCUCAAAUGUUCGCACCGAGCAAGGUGGUGUGCGGGUUUGGGUUUACCGAAUAGUAUGUCCGAAAGCGAAUGGUAUUUCUGGAUGGUCGACCGCGACACCCCAAACACAAGAAAGAGCUGCCAUGCAAAAGCAAGCAUCGAAUAACGGAAAUGCUCAAUCUGGCGGAAUUGUAGCUGGAGACGUACCAACCGCUCAUAAACCGAUUAAUCCACUACAGUACCGCCCACCGAAUUGGCGUAUGUUGCAGCGAGAUUUACCGAUUGGUGUCAAUUCCAAAGACCUGUUCGAGAGACUGAUAUAAAGGUGCAAAAAUUCUGUAUGAGAAAUCAUAGCUUUGAAAUACCUUUCUGAACUUCUUUUUGCACAGUUUUGGACUGAUUUGACGAAAUUGUAAGCGAAUAAACGAUCUCAC